GGCGCCGCGACGGGCCCUGUGGGGACGCGGUUGGGCUCGGCUCCGCUCGGUGUUGGGCCGCUCCGCUGUAGCGGUGGGGCUCUGGGGGCCGACUGAGAGGAGGGAGCGCCUCUCCGCGCUCCUGCUACGUUCGGAAGCUUUAUUUCAAGGUGAAAAGUGUGUGACGCCAUGCUGAGAGGAAAGCAGGAGGGCCCUGUGGAUGGCGGCAACGAGGAGGAGCAGAAGAGGAGAAAGCUGAAUGCUGUCAGGCAAUGCCUUAAGAUUCUGGAAGAGGAUUUCACAGGACUAAGUUGCAGGAGUGACUUGAGUCGUAUCUCACAAGAGUUGUAUGAUGUUGUGAACAAUGAAGAGUCUAACUUUUUGGGCUCCUCUUCUACAAAAACCAAAGCUGAUGUUAAACUUGAACUGAAUGAUGGCACCUCAGAAAGGCCCUUUAGAUCUAUCACUGGAGAGAAAAAUGUUCAGCGCUCGGUUUCCUCAAGCAGUGGGCAGAAGCCUAAACUAGCUCUCGCUCCAUCCACAGACACAGAGAAUGAAACUACAGAAGAUAUUGAUAAAGCUUUGUGGGCAGGUGUUUGUAAUCUCAGCUGCUUACAAAAUGCGCAUGAGGUGCUAAAAUGCUUGGAACUGGAAGUGAAGCAGGAAGGAGACAAAGUUGCAGAAACUAUGGAUAGAAAAUUUGAUGAACUUACUACUUCAGUCCUGUCCAGGAAAAGGAAACUCCAUGCAGAAUUAGUGAAGAGCAUUGACGACUACAAUGUUGGUAUUGCAGCAGCUAAGCAGUACAUUGAAGAGAAGAAAAAAUGCUUGAUUGGUGCCAUUAGGAUUGCAAAGGAAUUAAAGAUCACACCUUCUGUGAGAACCUAUUGUGACCUGACUCAGGUUAUUCGUGAUUUGACGUUACCAGUUGAUACUGAGCUCUUGAGAGUGAAGAGUUUGAAGGAAAAAACAGUUCCAAGAUUCAUCCUGAACACGGAUGAGAUUAUGUCAUUAUUACAGAACAUGGGGAAAAUUGAAUGGGAAACAUCGGUAUCUGAAGAUAAUGGACAACAUGCUCUUGCCUUUGAUGACAGAGAAAAUAUACUGAGCUCUGAUAACCAGUCACCUGUAGACAAUAUGUUUCCAGUACACAAAAGAGAAAGUAAAGAAAAGACUCUGCCUAAUAAAUGCGUUCACGAAGAAGUGAAAAAGACUGAGGAAUCACUUUCUGUGGUACCUCAUGAAGGCUUUACGAGUAUUCAUGCUGUAUCCAAGGUUCCAUCCACCCCUGACGUAAUAAUAGAAGAAAUAUAUGAAGGUAAUCUAGAAAAGUUGCCCACAGAAAAUCAUCAUGAAAAACAGAGGAAGAAACUUGACAAGGAGGAAACAUACUCUGAACACAAAGCUGAUUCAACAGAACUAGUGUUUGUAAGUCAUGUUGUGAAUCCAUGCCACUUCUAUGUUCGGCGCUACUCACAGAAGAAAGAAGGUGCUUUUUUGGAGAUGAAAUUGAAUAAUUUCUGCUGUAAUAAAAGUUCAUAUUUCUUGCCUUCAGAUAUUUUGGAACCAGGUGUCAGAGUUUUUGUAAAGAGGAAGGAAACUAGAACGUGGUGCCGCGGAACUAUAACUAAACUAUUUCCCAUAAAAACCAAAAACAAGCAGAAGUCUGGUGGUCCAGUGAGAUGCAGAGUUUGUGAUAUCGCAGUGAUUGAAAUAUUUCUGGUUGAUUUUGGGAGUUCUGAAGUAUUACAUUUCUCAAGGUAUGCUCCUGCUGAAAGGCCUGAUCUUGCUGCUCUGCAGACUACUGAAACAAAUGACAUUUGUUUGCUUCUGAGGAAGCCUGAUCAGCAUAUUGAGGCUGAACUUGCAGCUAUUCCUCCAUUAGCAGUACCAUGUUCAUUGAAAGAUAUUGUUCCUAAAAAUAGUGAAGGUUGGGGAGAAGAAGCAAAGGAAAAAUUUUUAGGAAUGGUGAACAAUAAAGUUGUUUUAAUGACCGUAUUUAGAGAAGAGGACAGCGUUCUCAUUGUGGAUUUGAGAAAACCUCCAUGCAAUAAAAUAUGCAGUGGCAUGCCUCCAUCUCUCAAGGAUGCAUUAGUUUUUUUAGACGUGGCAAGGUUUAAAUCACAUCUUCCCAACCACUCAGAAAAUAAUUCAGUGUUGCCAUACCGUGCACCAAAGAUGUCGCAAGAAAGAGAAGUGAUCCCUGUCACAGUUUGUUGUAUUAAUAGUCCAGGUGACUUUUAUCUCCAAUUGGCAGGUAGCCAGGUGGAUUUAGCAUUUCCAGAGAAAACUGAGGCAAUACAUGAACAUCAGGAUAGCAAAGACAAGAUAAUUGCUUGCCCAAUUGAAGGCCAAGCAUGCAUUGCAAAACACAAAAGUGGGAAUUGGUACAGAGCACAGAUCAUAGGGUUACCACAUCAUGAUGAAGUCGUAGUGAAGUACGUUGACUCGGGCAGCAUUGCUAAUGUACCUCUUACAGACAUACGUGGUACAGCAGAUGAGUUUCUGAGCUUUCCAGGAAAGGUGAUCAAGUGCAGGCUGGCUUACAUUGAACCUUGUGAAGCAGCAAGUGGGUGGAGCAGAGAAACCACAGGAAGGUUCAAAGAAAUGACUGAAGAUAAAUUUAUGCUGUGCUUAGUUGUUGAGAUCUUAGGUAAUAUUUUGUCUGUUGAACUUUUUGACUCCCAUGCUGCUUGUGGAAGAGGCUCAAGCAUUAACUGCCAGCUAGUCAGAGAAGACCUUGCAUCCUACAUACCUGGGUACGUUAAAGGUGCUCCUGCAAGUCCCAGGGAAACAUGGGACACUUCUCUGGAAGAAAUUCCUGAAAAACUGACAGUUUUAAAUCCUGUAAACACGGAAACUGUGGAGGGUCAGGAUAUCAGAUCACUUUCUAAGCAAGAGUUGCAGGUGAUAGUCAGUCACGUUGUGUCUCCUAGUAAGAUCUUUAUUCAGUGGCUGUCAUCGGAAGGCAAACUGAAAAGUUUACAGGAGAAGAUGGAUGUGUUCUACAAAGAAUCCCAGCCGCGGUCUGUGAAGUGGCAACAUAACAUGCACUGUGCUGUUUAUGUACAUGAUUUGAAACAGUGGCGUAGAGGCCGGAUAAGCAGAAUUGUCUCUGAAACAGCUGCUGAGGUACUGCUCUAUGAUUCUGGAGUGGAAAAAACAGUGGAUGUGGGCUGUCUGAGAGAACUUCAGGAAGACAUGAAGAGAGUUGAAACAUUAGCAAUAGAAUGUGCCUUAGCAGAUAUAAGACCAACAGGUGGAAGCAUGCAGUGGACAGCAACGGUGUGUGAGUGUAUAUCCUACUACCUCACUGGGGCAAAAGCAAAAGUAAUAAUACAGGAAACUGCUGAGGGGAGCACGUUGCCUGUGAAGAUCCAUUGGAAGGAUGAGGCAGGACGACUGAUUGAUGUUUCGGAACACCUUGUUGAAAAGGGUUUGGCUUUUAGAAACACAAGAACUGAUAAAGCUGCUGUGGAUUGUGCAGUCAACAAGAAAUAUUCUAAAGUCCAUUUGGAGCAAGAGAACGCACAGCCAAGCAGUUGCAACUCGGAACCUGCAUGUGCAAGAAGCGGCUCUGCUGAACAGGAAGACACCAAUGCUUCAAAGCAUGAACUGAGGUCCAGACUGCCUUUGGAAAUAAAUAAAACUUAUAAACCACCCAUUAUACCCAAAGAACGACACUUUCAAGCUGUAGUGAGUUGCAUUGGUGAUGAUGGAACUCUUUAUAUAAUACCAAAAUCAUCUGAAUGUGAACUAAAGAAAUUGAUGGUUGAAAUACAAAGUAACUUUAAGUGCCUUGGUCUUCUGGACCCCUACUCUUGGAAAAAGGAAGAAGCUUGUGUCAUAAGAGGGUCAGAUAGCCUUUGGUAUCGAGGUAAAGUUGUAGAACACGGUGGUGGUACUCUCCAGGUACAGUACGUAGACAGUGGCUGCAUAGAGAGGGUCCCUCAGUGUCACCUGUGUCCCACUACAUCCUAUACCUCUGUUCCUCCAUUUUGCAUACCAUGUCAGCUCUACAAGACAACACCAAUUGGAAAUUCUUGGCAGCAGGAUGCAGUGGAUCUCCUUCAAAAACUACUUAGAAAUGAGGAGGUUGAAAUACAUGUUCAGGAGCUCCCUGACAGCCCCUGGGGAAAAUUGUCCAUCCACCUGUAUUUAAGUGGAAUGUCAGUUUCUUCCUUCAUGGCAGAGCAGAAGUUUUGUGUUGUUGAUGACAGUCAGGCAAUAACAAAGCAGGUGCUGGUUGAAGGACACAUUCCUGUUAUGCCUUCAUACAAGUUGCCACCACUGCCUGUUCAAGGAGUUAUCUUUCCUGUCAGGGUAACCCAUUUUGUGACCCCUAAGGAGGUAUAUAUCUGCCUUAAUCCUUCUGAGAGCCUUUCCAAGCAGUCUGCCACAGAGAGGGAUGCCAGCUGUUUCUCUCAUUUGAAGAGCCUCGAUGAAGCCCUGAAGUGGUGCAAUAAAUACGUGGAUACUCUUCCCCCUCUAACAGACUUCAGAACAGAAAUGCCUUGCCUUGUGGAAUAUGAAGAUAGCUUAUGGUACAGAGCAAAGCUCCAGUCUGUUGAAGAAACUGACACCAUUAAGAUCCUGGUUCAGUUUGUUGACUAUGGCAAUUUUUCAGUUGUCCCAACAAGCAAAUUGCGUCAAAUACCUCCUCAUGUGCUGCAGUAUCCUGUUCAGGCAGUGCACGCCAUGUUGGCUGGCUUUAAACCUUCAUUAAGUGAUACAAAUGUAGAAAGAAUUCCUUACUGCCCGGAAUGGAGCGUGAAAGCGUUGUGGGCUAUGAUGGACUCCACGGAAGGAAGGCAGCUCUCUGCUUCCAUACUUUCUCUCUCACCGGAGGUCACAAUUUUCCUGUACGACAACGAACAAAAUCUAAUUCAUAUGAAGCUGAUAGAAAUGGGACUUGCAGAUUUGGAUGAUUGAGAACAUUUGUUCUUGGUGUCUGUGCCAGUGGUUCUCAGACUGAAAUCUGUGAUUGUUUAUGAAUGUCCAUCCAGUCAAAUGUGAAACACAUUGGAGGGAAGCUUUACAGUAUGUGUUGGCCACAGAGAAUACUGAAGAACUCCUUCGUUUUGGUUUUUGGAGGGGUGGUUGACUUUGUUUAUUUUUAACCAACUCAGUGUUGCAUGGUUCUUUUCCCUCCCAUUUACUAAGCACUCUUUCCAUCUAUGUUUGUUUUCUCUGGUUUCGAAUCUUGAAAUAAGUGGAUUUAUUCUAAAUCACUUUGACCUUAAAGCCUUACGUAUUGUUCCAUCAACUGUUUUUCUGAGAGCAGAGAUGGAAUGAAUGUGAAGUAGUGAAGAAACAGACACAGAACUAAUGUUGGGCACCACUGUUAUCAUAAUAAUAGAAGGGGUGGUGAUAGUUGGGUGUAACUCGUUUAUGUUUCAGGCACAUUUGAUGACAGUGCUGCAGUACUUCUAGAGUCUGGAACUAGGAAUGAACAGGUGGGAGAGGGGAAUGUUACUGCUGUUGUUGUGAAACAUAUUUGCAUUGUUGUGUUUUGGUUCCAGUACAAGAUGGAUGUGUUUUGUUUGUUGUUGCACCUCUUCAUUCAGUUGAAAGCAGUAGAAUAAAGAGGAGCUUGUUCAUUGUGAAA